AUGCCGCCGCCCCUCGCUGCGCAGCUCGCCGCGCUGCCCGAGGCGGGCACGUCCGAGCUCGUGUCGCUCUAUGCGGACAUGAGCGGGCAGCGGCACAGCAAUACGGGUGCGUUUCGGCAGCGCCUCGCGUGGUGGGCGUCCACGCUCGAGCGCGCAUGCUGGGAACAAUGGGACCGACCGAGCACGCCCCUCGUCCUCCGCGUCGACGCCGACAUGCCGAAUCGGUGGGCCAUGGAUUCGGCAGGGCGCCCACUUUGCCUAGCCGUCGUUGUUGUACGUGUGCGCUACUCACCACAGGAAGAGCUCGCGCGGCAGCGCCGAUUGAUACGGGUCGACGAAUAUGGGGCGUCGUCCGUUGGUCGCCUCGCGCGCGCGGUGCGCGCGCUCGGAGCGCCGGCGUGGCGUUGGCUCACGGCGUCGGAUGACAGUACGUCAGACGAGGCGCUUUGGCCCGCAGUGCAGGGCGCGUGGGUCGUCGUUGCGAACGUGGAGCGCGCCGCGCAACGGUACCUGUCGUCGCUGCCGGCCCACCGCACCCUGUUUGAGUCGGUCGUGUCGCGCGCCGAGCUGCAAGCGCAUGUAGCCGAGAUGGUGCCGGGUCUUGGCGAGACGGAUCUGGACGUGCUGCUCACGUAUCUCGAGCGCGAUCGUCACGCGAUCGCUGUCGAUGGCGACGUGGUCAAACUGGUGUAUGGCCGCGCCGACGCGCGCGGCAUUGGCGAGCAGGAGCGCGGGAUUCAUGCUACGAAGCAGGCACACGCGCAGCUGUCGCGCCAGGUGGACGAGCUGCGUGUCCGCAUCGAGCGCGCACAGGCUCAGGCAGCAGACGCGGUGCGCACCAAGGCGCCACGCACCGUGGCCACAUCGUGCUUGCGCACGAAGAAGCAGCUCGAGGAUAUGUUGACGAAGCGCGUCGGUGCUCUCGAGACGAUCAGCGCACUCCUCCUGCAGAUGGAGCAGGCGACAGGCGAUGCGGCUAUUCUGCGCACAUACGAGGCAUCGGAGCGCACGCUGCGCUCGAUCCUCGCGGACCCUGCGCUGCAGCCGGAGCGUGUUGAUGCCGUGGUCGACGGGCUGGCUGACGCGCUCCAUGCGCAGGAAGAGGUGCACGAGGCCAUGCAGGUGGCGCCACCAGCGGAUACGGACGACCUGGCCGAGGAGCUCGCGGCCCUGCAGCUGGAGGCACAGGCAGCGCCAGAAAGACCCGCAGAGGCACAGGCAGCGCCAGAAAGACCCGCAGAGGCACAGGCAGCGCCAGGAACACCUGCAGAGGCACAGGCAGCAGCCAAGCGCAUCGAGUUGCCUGCGGCCCCACAGCAUGCGCCACGUCAGCCCGAGGCACUUCUGGAAUAG